AUGGCUUCCGGCAAGAUCAUCGCUGGUUUCUUUAAGUAUGCUUUCGAUUUGAUAGCAGCCGCCGUGGGGUUGUAUGCGGUAUUGCUAGCGCUGCUCACCAUACCUAUAUUUCAAUCCCAUGUGGUGUACCUACACGCCUUUCAAAUGACAUGGUUUAAGGAUCUCAAUGUCCCCGAGAAUUUUGGCUUCCUCAGGAAUCAAGUCACUCCGUUCUCAAUUAGGACACCUGACGGCGAACGUCUGUACUCUUGGCACAUUCUUCCAAUAGAAUUGUAUCGCAAGCACGAAGAAUCUCUAAUCGCAGAGCCAAUUGGGUUUGUCUCGGACAUCACGUCCAGACUUGCAUUUCAGCUGCUGCGCGACGAUCCCGACGCUCGUUUGAUUCUUCAUAUGCACGGUGCUGGGGGAACUGUCGGUUCAGGAUAUAGAGUUCCUAAUUACCGUGCAUUGUCCGCAGGUCAACCUGGCAAAAUUCAUGUCCUGACAUUUGAUUAUCGUGGAUUUGGACGAAGCACUGGUUCCCCAUCUGAGAAUGGGCUUAUAAUAGAUGCACUUACAGUCGUAGACUGGGCUGUCAAAGUCGCUGGUAUCCCUCCCUCUCGAAUCCUUAUCUUCGGUCAGUCUAUGGGAACCGCAGUUAGCAUUGCUGUGUCUGAGCAACUUGCAUUGCAAUCUCCUCCAGUAAUUUUUGCAGGCACUAUUCUCGUUGCGCCAUUCGUCGAUUGCGCGACGUUGGUCUCAACUUAUCGAGUAGCAGGAAUAAUUCCACUCCUCUCACCGCUCGAGAAGUUCCCUACGCUGUUCAACUACCUCCAACGCUUUUUACGGGAUAAAUGGUCAAGCAAAGACCGCAUCGCGCAAUAUAUCCGUUCCAACGAAGUUAACAGCGAGAAAUACCGCCUCACGAUUAUACAUGCUCAAGAUGAUUACGACAUUCCGUGGCAUCACACUGAAGUAGUCUUCUGGUAUGCAGUUAACGCUUCGAUACCGCGUGGAAUAAGCUAUGAGGAACUCGAAAAGAAGAAGUUAGACUCAAAGGUCGAUCUAGGGGCUGCCGGCUCAGUCAUGGAAUGGAGAACGGAUAACAGUGUGAUUCGAGAGGAAAUACUGAAAACUGGCUUGCAUGAUGUUGUCAUGGGUUAUCCGGUUGUCACGAUGGCUGUGAUGCGUUCUUUCGAAGCGGCAGAUCCGUCAUUCACAUGUUAA